AUUUAUACCUACAUCAUAGGCGAUGAAGCUCCAGUACCUGAAGAUGGCAUAAAACCCACUUUUACCGAACGACCAGUCAUAAGACAAAGCGAAGAUGGUGGCAAUGUAACAUUCGAAUGCAGAUGUGUUGGUGAUCCUAAACCUGGAGUUACGUGGUACCACGCACAGGAUGAAUUAAAAGAGGGAGGCCGUUACAAAAUGUCUUUGACAUUGGAUCAGAAAUUGUAUCACAUGGCUUGCUUGGAAAUAUCAAAUGUUGUAUCAAGCGAUCAAGGUGAAUAUCGUGUUAAGGCCAAAAAUAAACAUGGAGAGGGUGUAUCUACCAUUAAUUUAAAUUUCGAAGGAGGUUCAAAAAAAAUACCUGAUGGCAAAUCACCGCGCUUUCCUAAGAAACCAACAAUACGGCAAGAAGAAGAUAUUUUAAUCAUGGAGUGCAUAUUAGAGGCCCACCCGGUACCAGACAUUACCUGGUAUCGUGGUGAUGAUAAAAUCGAUAAUUCAUCAAGGAUAAAAAUGUCUCGCAAAGCCACAUCAAAGGAUAGCUAUGUUUUGACUUUGGAAAUACAGAAUCCGACCAAAGAAGAUGGCGGCAAUUACCGUUGUAAUGCAUUUAACAUGUAUGGCGAGAGCAAUGCCAAUAUUGCGCUCAAUUUCCAAGGCGCUAACGAUGCAAAUGGAUUUGCACCAUCAUUUAUCGAAAAACCUCGAAUUAUUCCAAACGACUCUGGUACACUAAUCACGAUGAAGUGCCGAUGCAAGGCUAAACCUGAACCAACUGUUACUUGGUACAGAGGCCAGGAAGUGGUAAAUAAGUCAAGUAAAAUAAAAAUUAAAACGACUGUGAUUGCCGAAGACACCUAUGAGUUGACUUUGGAAAUCAAGGACCCCGGCGCAUCUGACGGUGGCACAUAUAGAUGUAACGUUCAAAACGAAUAUGGCGAAUCAAACGCCAAUCUUAAUUUAAAUAUCGAAGCGGAACCAGAACCUGAAGGUGAGGGACCAACAUUUGUCGAAAAGCCACGUAUUGUUUCCGAAAACAAUGGCAAGCUGGUUAUUAUGGAAUGUAAGGUAAAAGCAGAUCCCAAGCCAGACAUUGUAUGGUAUCGCAAUGGUGAAGUGGUUAAAGAAAGUAAUAAAAUUAAAAUGUCCAUGGAACAACGUGGUGACCAGUAUUAUAUUAAACUGGAGCUAAUUGACCCUCAAUUGGAAGAUUCCGGUUUAUAUAAGUGCAAUAUCAAAAACAUUCUAGGUGAACUUAAUGCCAAUCUUACACUUAAUAUUGAAAGUAAGUACAUUUUAUAUUUAGUGUAUUUAAAUCUAUAUAUACAAUUCUAACGUUAAUGACUGACU